AUGAAUAAUAAUGCAUCAAAAUCUAUAAUAAAAAAUCUUCCAUCCGUACUCAACAAUCAAAAAAAAUUAUCAAAUAUUCAUGAAUUUCUACUAGACGAACCAUUUUUUAUUCAAAAAUCUUCCACAAAAAAUUCAUCUACCAACAAUGAAAUUGAAGUUGAUGCCGAACCAGAAUCUAAAAAAGAUCCAUUGACAACUUCUAUCUGGCGACUUUACACAAAAGCUAAAGAUAAUUUGCCUCACGAUAAUGAUAACGACGAUAAUAAAACUAGUAUUAAUGUUAAUAGGCGUAAUAAUAAUGGUUUAAAAGAUUCUCCAAAAAUUUCAGACACUAUUUUAAAAAGUCAGAUAAUUGGAAAUUCUGAAAUAUAUGAUAAUAACUUUGAUAUAGAUAUGGACAACGAUAGCAAUCAAAAUUUUAUUGAUUUUGCCGAUAACGAAACAAUAUUAUUCGAACACACUGGCAUAGUCACUUCACCAUCUGACACCAGCACAACUAACACUGAUGAUAAUUACACCUCACCUUCUUCACCCGUCUUGACUUCAAAAACUUCCGCUAUUCCAAUUCCACCGGCUCAAUCUUCUUCAACCAACAAUAACAACUUUAUUCAUAAUAAUACAAACAGAAUCAAUAAUAACACAAUGAUGGAUAUCUCUUCAAUGGGUUAUACUUUUGAUAUUGACUCUAAUGAAAAUUUGAAUCAGUACCAAUCAAAUUUUUUAAGUAGAAUGGUUGGGAAACAAGAUCAUUACAAUGAUCGUCCAAUACUUGUGCCUGUAUCUAGAUCCAAUAAUAAUAAUAAUUUCGAUUUACAAAAUACAAUGAUUUUUGAAAAGUCACAAAAACCAAAAUCUACAAAUUAUCGUCAAGCAUCAAGGUUACCAAGUAUCACAAUCCCUAAUGAUACUCCUCCUGAUGACUCAAAUGUAGAAUCGGAGUCAAUGUCAUCUUCCAUUACAACCACAUCAACGACCAAUCAAUUUGCCUUCUCAGAUCCUUAUACUUCUCAUUUUGGUCAACCAAUAACAAUCGAUUGCUCAUCUAAUGCAUCGCAACUGUCACUACCACAAUCUCAACCCCCGUCAACAACUACAUCCUUAAUGAACAUUUCAGUUCCUCAUUAUCAUUAUUCUAAUAAUAAUUUCGCAAGCCCUGGUAGUAGCAUCAACGAUAAUUCGUUAUCGUCAUUCACCACCAAUCACCACCAAUCAACUAGUAAUACUCCAUUAACACCCAUAGAUAAUAAUGGGUUUUAUUUUGAUUACAACAAUAGCACAGCAGAAUUUUGUAAUGGUGAUAAUAACAAUAUUAGUAAUGGUGCUAACAACAAUAUUUUUGGAAUGGUUAAUAUUUAUUAUGUAAAUUCUGAAUCAAAUGAUAAUCAAUUAGCAAAUACGUCAUCAUCUCACAUCAAUAAUCAUAACAAUUUAUUAUCUUCAUCUUAUGAUCUAAUGUCAACUGAUCCCAUCAUCUUACAUCCAAAUAUAGAAAAUUGUAAAAUAAAAACGCUAGAUUCCGAUUAUAAUCGUUGGAAUAAUAACAGCGUCAACAAUGAUGCUAACAAUAAUUUAAUUGACGAUCAAAUAAUACCAUCAUCUAUAACUGGUAGUUGUGAUGACAACAAUAAUAACCCCAAAAGACAAUCAUCAAUAAGUAUUGUCAAAAAUUCAAAUUCUCCUAUUACCUCACCAAAUUUACCUGACACUAUAAUAUCACCACAAAGAUCAUCAUCACGGUCAUCAACACAUCCACAAUUAAAUACAAACUUAAUAAAAGCAUCAAGCUCUACACCUACAUCACCGAUUUCGCCAAUUUCACCAAUAACUUCUACAACGCUGACAACAUCACCCAAAUCGAUGCCAUUAUCGAUUGACAACAAAGACGGCAGUAGCAACAACUUAUCAUCAUCAAAAAACUCAAUACCUACAACUUGUACAAAUUGUCUUACCCAAACCACACCAUUAUGGCGUCGCAAUCCUGAAGGUCAACCAUUAUGUAAUGCUUGCGGUCUUUUCUUAAAAUUACAUGGUGUGGUCAGGCCUUUGAGUCUAAAAACUGACGUGAUAAAAAAACGCAACCGUAAUGGCUCGACAUCAACAACUAAAACCUCUGGUAAUAAAACUGGUAAGAGUACGGUUCAAAUGGGUCCUGGUGGCCCAAGUAUGGGCGUCAUGGGUAAAAGAGUUUCAUUAUCGAUGACUUCAAAGCAACAUCAUCAACACAAUAAUCCCAUGAACGCUCUUAUGAACGGCACUGGUGGCUUUAGUAACAAUAGUAUGCAACAAACAACUGCUUCCAUAUUAUCAACAUCUGCUCCAACUGCCGCAACACAAUAUCCAAAUAUUGCAUCAACAACAAAUGACUCUUUUCAAUCAAUAACAGCUACUGUCGCAUCAUCAUCAAAACGUCAAAGGAGAUCGUCAAACGACGAACAACAAAUAUUGUAUACUUCUCAAAUAUACAGACAGUUGGAUAACAGCUCGGUUGUUCUAGAAUAUUGA